AUGAUUAUAAAGCUUAAUGAUGUCGAAUUCUUUGAUUAUGUGGUUGAAAUACUUUCUUUUCUCAGUUUCCAUUAUAUUACAAUCAAAAGAAGUCAUUUUGAUUUCGGUGAACUUUUGGCAUUGGCUGCAGAGUUUAAUAGUUUAGAGAUUGUAAACUACAUUAUUAGAGCACAUAAUUAUACGAGAAGAAUAGAUCUAAGUGAUCAAGACUAUUUAAAAGCACUUUCAAGAUCUCCUUUGUCAAAGAAUUAUGAAAUAUUCUUAAAGUUAACAGAAUAUGCAAUAAUACCAGAACCAAACAAUCGAAAGUACGAUAGAAACAUUGCAAAUCAUCAGAUUAUGUUAGAAUGUUAUACGAAUUCAAUUCGAUCAGGUCAAAUUGAAUGUGUUGAAUGGUUACUUGCUCAAACCAAAUGGAAUCCAUUCAAUAAUACUCACAAAGCAAGAACAAUUACCUGUUUCAAAGAAGCUGCAUUUAUGAACAACCAAUAUAAUAAAUAUGAUAAAUAA